GAAAAUUCACUUACAAAUAUUUACUUUAUUCUCACAUCACAAGAGCAUCUUUGUUUUCCUAAACCUGUCCAACUCACCUGUUGCAAGCCACGCCCACCGCGACGGACCUGACACAAGCAGAAGGGAAGCAAAGGCACGAUCCUUCAAUUCAUCAAUAGCAAGCAGAUCCUACAUAUGGGGAUGUAAAUAAGUUUGCAACGAAGAUCAUGGACAGGAAGCACGCGUUUUUUAUUUUAUUCUGGCUGUGUUACGUUUAUGGGAUUGAAAACAAAGACAUUUUUCCAUCCAAGUACUCCGUUGUAACUCCUCAGCUGAUUCGAAGAUGGACAAGGAGCGUCAACAGACCAACACAGUCACCAGAAAAUGACGAGGAGGAAAGUAUUUCAUAUGCACUCAACAUCAACAACACAAAGCACAUCAUUCAUCUGCAAAAGAACAGAGACUUUUUACACCCAAACUUUGUCCAGUUUACCAGGGAUGCCGGAGGUAACUACGACUCAUCCUAUCCAAAACAACAUGUUCAUUGCUUUUACCAUGGACAGGUGGAGGGAUAUGAGGAUUCAGUGGUAGCGCUCAGCACAUGCUUCGGCCUCAGGGGUGUGAUCAUCAUUGGAAAUGAAACGUAUGGACUUGAACCUGUGCAGCAGUCUGAAACAAACGACCACCUUCUGUACCCCCUGAAGGAUGAUCAGUCUGAGCCCUUCACCUGUGGGGUCGCCAGGGAGGCAGCAUCAGAGCAAAGCUACGAACCAUUUGAGCCUAGCCAAUCACUGACAAAGUUGCUGAGGAGGAAGCGCAAUUUGCCUCAAACCAGUUAUGUGGAGUUGGUGCUGGUUGUUGAUAAACUCAGGUAUGAUUUAAAAAAAGGAAACCAGACAGCGAUACGACAAGAAAUGGUUGAAAUUGCGAAUCUCCUGGAUGGGUACUAUAAGCAGCUGAAUAUCCGGGUGGUUCUGGUGGGCCUAGAGAUCUUUAAGGAUAAAAACCCCUUCAAGGAUGACGGCACAGCUGGAGAGGUGUUGGGUGAAUUUGUAAAAUGGAGGAAGAAGUUUCUGUUACCAAGGAUCAGGCAUGAUAUGGCUCAACUCGUUGUUGGUCGGUCAGGUCCCUACGGAAACAUAUUAGGAAUGGCCUUUGUGGGGACAGUCUGCUCCGUAGCAACCUCUGGAGGAAUCAACGUGUUCUCCAAUGACAAAGUGCCCUAUUUCUCCACUGUGGUGGCCCACGAGAUGGGCCAUAACCUGGGCAUGAAUCACGACAACAAUCGCUGCGAUUGUAAUGGAGAGAGCUGCAUCAUGGGCGAAUCUGCUAGUGGCUCCACCAAGUUCAGCACCUGCAGUGGACAAGACUUUGAGAACCUGAUCAUUCGAGGCGGAGGGGUGUGUCUGAAAAACCAGCCCUCACCGUCAGAUGUAAUUGGUCCCAUUGAGUGUGGCAAUGGACGGGUGGACAAAGGAGAGGAGUGUGACUGUGGCACACCAGAGGAAUGUCAAACUGACUGCUGUGAUGCUGCCACCUGCAAGUUUACACGCGGGUCAGCCUGUGCUCAGGGGCUCUGCUGUGACAACUGUCAGAUCAGAGUAUCUGGAGCCGAAUGCAGAGCUUCGGCCAACACGUGUGACCUCCCCGAAUUCUGUAACGGCACGGCUGCGUUCUGCCCCGAUGACCACUAUUUAAUGGACGGCAUGCCCUGUCUAAACAACGCUGCGUACUGCUAUGAAGGGCGGUGCCAGACCUAUGAUUACCAGUGCGAACAUCUCUUUGCAGAUCCAGCUAGAAAGGCGGAUGAUACUUGCUUCAUGCAUGCAAACACUCAGGGGGAUAAGUUUGGGAACUGUGGAUUCAACAGCCGACAACAGCCCAUCAAAUGUAAAUCGGAAAAUGCCAUGUGUGGAAAGUUGCAGUGCAUUAGUGUGAACCUCGACGACCCUCCCCCUGGUGCCACAGUCAGCAUCACGGUUGUAAAUGGGAAAAGGUGCAUAAAUGCAGACUUCAACCUGGGCUCAGAUGUGCUAGAUCCUGCCUACGUUAACCCUGGCAGCCCAUGUGCUAAAGGAAAGACCUGUCUGGACUUUGAGUGCGUGAACGCCUCUGCUCUGCUGCCCAACCUAGAUUGUGAUGCCCGGACCACCUGCAACGGUUGGGGGGUUUGUAAUGAAAAAGGGAACUGCCACUGUGACAACGGGUGGGCCCCACCUCGCUGUGACGAGGCAGGGCGAGGUGGCAGCAUAGACAGCAAUCCUGCUCAGAUAGACCACUCCCUCAGAGAUGGCCUUUUGAUCUUCUUCCUGCUGGUUGUACCUCUUCUGAUCCUCCUCAUUCUGGUGCUGCUCUACUUCUUCAAGAGGGAAUAUCUGGACCCAUGUCUGAAGAGACACAAUAAGUCGAGUAAUGUUCAGAACGGAAAUUCAAAUCAACGGUCAACCCAAGAUGUGCAGAGAGCUGCAUCCGUGCAGCCUCCGCCACAGAUUCCUCCUGAUAGGCCUGGAUAUCCUCCAUCUACCCAACUUCCAACUGCUUACAGUUAUGGGGAACUGGAUUAUUGGAACCAAGACCCCGCCCUUUAUCCUAGCUCUUCUCCCUUCGUCGCACAACCUCCAGCUCAUCGGCAGGGCCCCGGAGUGCCCAGACCAAUCCCUCCACCAAACUGAGUCUGCUUUAAUACCUAAAGUUUUUGACUGUAUUGUAUGCAUUAUGCUGCUCAACACUGUAUGAAGAGACAAUUUUGAUACACUGUGAUUAUAUAAAACUCAUUGUUACUUGUUGCAGGCAAAGAUUGAAGGUCCAGUGUGACAUGGUGGUGGACAAAACAGGCAAACGUGUACAUUUGAAAUAUUUUAGAAAUGAUUCAAUAAAUCUUUGUUACUGGUUGUGAUUUUUAAAAGUUUGUCAAAAAUGUAUGCACUUGUUGAUUGUAAUAAAAAAAAAGGUACUUGUCCAUAGCUUCAAA